AUGGAACAUAUGCAUGAUGAUGAUGAAAAUGAAAAACGUGAAUCGAAAGAUUUAAGCCAAUAUAAUUACAAAAAUAAUGGAAAAGAUAUUAUGGAUUAUUCUUUUUAUGCCGAAAGUGACAUUUUGAAUAGUGAUGAUGCAAAUUUUUAUGAUGCAAAAGUAAUAAAUGAAUCUGAUGAUAAUUUUGAAAAUUGUUUUGGUGUUAAUAAAGAGUCAUAUAAAGAACAGUUAAAAAGGGAUGAAUAUAAACUAGGAAUAUAUGAUGAUAUUAUAAAUUCAAAUACAGACGAUGAUCUUGAAAAUUUUUUCGAAGAUCGAGAAAGUGAAAAGAAAGAAAUAAAUAAUAACCAUAAAUAUCCUCAAACAAAUGUAUUUGGAGAUGAAGAAACUGACAAAAAUGAUACCAAUAAACUUCGCACAUGUGAUAAUAGUAGUAUAACAUUAAAGACCGAGCAUAGUUUCAUUGAAAAAGGGAAAUGUGAAGAAAAUGAUAAGCAUAACAACAAUAAUGACUUACAUUUUAUAAAUAGUGAUGCAUAUAGUAUGGGAAUGAUGGAUGAUAAUAAUAAAAAAUUGUCUUCAGAAAAUAUGAUAAAAAAUGAAGAUUUAAUUUUAAAUAAGGGGAUUAUCGAUCCAACAAACAUUGAGAAGGAAUCAAAUGAUAAUUUAUUUGUUGAUACUAAUUCCGAUGAUAAAUUUUUUGAAAAUGGGAAUUCUGUCGACCUGAUAUUGGAAGAGGGGGAAAUUAAAAAAGAAACUGAGGAAUUUGGUGAUAAUUUAGUUGAAAAAUUAAACGAAAAUAUAAGUGAAAAAGUGAAUGAUAAGUCAAAUGAAGAAGGAGAAAAUAAAAAAUCAGAUAAAACCGAAACCUUAAAUAAGUUUGACAACAGUAGUAAUAAUGAUUCUCCAAAUAAUUCAAAAUUUUUAUUAGAAAAGAAAAAGAUUCAUGAAGAUCAAACAAAUCCUCUAUGGUAUAAGCAUAAAAGACACUUUUUUAUUUUUACCUACUCUGGUAAACCAGUUUUUACAAGAUAUGGAAAUGAAGAAAACUUAACAAGUUUUUAUGGAACAUUACUUGCUAUAAUAUCAAAAAUAGGGUCAUUUUCAUUUUGUUCUGAUGCAAGUACAGAUAAUAAUAGUAAUAAGACAACUAGCAUAAACGAAAAAAACUCAUUAAAAUGUAUUGUGAGUAAAAAUACAAAAAUCGUAUAUUUAGAUAAAGAAGUUUUAUGCUUAAUAUGUAUAUCUAGUGUUAAUGAGAGUAAUAAUUAUAUCUUGAACAUUUUGAAUUAUAUGUAUUUGCAAAUUAUAUCAUUAUUAACAAAAAGCAUUGAAAAAUCAUUCAAAAUAAAACCAUCUUUCGAUGUAAGAUAUUUGCUAGAUGGGGCUGACCUUCUUAUGUGUAAUAUGAUUUCUUCCUAUUCGAAAAAUAUGUAUUCUAUUUUUGAUGGGUUUGAGCCAUUACCAUUAAAACAAGAAUAUCGAAACCAAAUACAUAAUUUAAUUUCUUCAUUCAAAAUUAGCAAUGUUUUAUUGUCCUUUUUGUUUAUAAAUGAUAAAAUUAUAGGAAUAUCUGUUUCAAAAUAUACAAUUAGUUCGAUUGAUAUAGUAAUACUCAUAAAUAUGAUAACAUCUAUGAAAUCCUUUAAAAAUGCAGAAUCAUGGAUUCCUAUUUGUUUGCCUAUAUACAACCCAAACCAAUUUUUGUAUGGAUAUAUUAAUUGUAUCAAAAAUAAAAUAUUCUGUGUAUACAUAUGCUCCGGGGCGUCGUCUCAAGAUUUUUUCCACUUGUCUAGCCAUACCUCCAUGAUUGAAACGACACUAACAAGUUCAGGUUGUUAUGAAGAAAUAAUUAAGGCUUCAAAUACCAGUUCGUUUGAACUUCCUGAUAUUCCCGGUAUAGACAUUAUUCACAUGUGUUAUUACAUUCCUUAUUUAAAACAAUAUUACAGCACAAAAAUAUGUUCCAAUAAAAUAAAAAGAAUUUUUCGAGCAUAUCAAAAAUGUGACGAUAUAAUAAAAGACUCUAAACUACCAGCACAAAUAUAUAUGGAAACAGAAUAUGAAAAUUUUUACUUCAUUAAAACAAACCUUUAUUAUUUGUAUUUAUCGGUACCAUUCUAUGUUAAUAUUAAUGAAGAAAGUAUUAAUGAGAUUUUAAAAGUUAUAGCAAAAUAUCAUAAAGAAAUAUUCAUUAAUAACAUUAAACAAAUUAGUUCUUAG